CUCCAAAUACUGAAAAGUUGUGUCCAUGUAUUUUGUCCAAGUGGCGACCCGUACCGCAGAUGUAGCAAAUGGGGUCAGUGUCAGUCUUGUUUGUCCAAGUGACUUUCCGUACUACAACUGUCUCACGCUCAUAUCGGAUAGGACAAGUAGUGACGUAAACAAGUGGCGCCACAUGCUACUAAUAUAGUUUCCACUCAUAAGGUAGCAAUAAGGAGGAAAAUACUUGUCAUCUUGAGAUACAAUUAUUAAUCAGCGUGUGUACAAUGAGUGGCAUGCGAACUGUCUUGGCCUCCUCCGGUCUGGUGGGAGUGUUGGGUCUUGGUUAUGGAAUGUGGUCGAUCAUUGCACCAGGAGAAGAAAGGAGGAGAGCCAUCAUCAAGAAUCUGCCUGAAUCAAACCCAGUGAGGAUGGAAGAGACGAGGAGGCGGAAUGCUCUGGUGAUGCAGUCACUGAAGGAGGCCGCAGAAACCAACGAGAAUAUUGCAAGAGGAUUGCAAGGCUCAAAAUAACCUGUUGGAAUGACACUG